GAUACGCGUGCUGACAACGUCAACAUAGUUGCAAUGUCGAUUUUCAAUUUCAACUGCAAUACCGUGUCGUAAAUUUAUUUAUUAAAUAUACCUCGAGUUUAUUAGUGAAAUGUAAAUAUUUCGCUAUAGUGAAAUGUCCUGCAACAUGUGUAAAACUGCAUUUACAAAUUAAAGAUACACUUUUUUGAUUAUUUUGGUUACAGAUAGUUUACGGAAGUUUGUGAUUUUAAGACAAUUUCUUGAAAUAUGUUACUCUUCUGUCCUAACUGUUCAAACCGAAUACGCAUUGAAAGCUCUGAACGCCUUCGAUUCUCCUGCAACUCCUGUCCCUACAUAUUCAACAUCUCAAGGAAAAUUAGCGACCGAGCCUACCCAAAACUGAAAGAAGUUGAUGACGUUCUGGGAGGCAGUGCUGCCUGGGAAAACGUCGAUUCUACCGCAGAACGCUGUCCAAAGUGUUCGCACGAUCGUGCAUAUUUUAUGCAAAUUCAAACCCGAUCUGCUGACGAACCAAUGACAACAUUCUACAAAUGUUGCAACCCUCAAUGUGGUCACAACUGGCGCGAAUAAAGUUACAACUAAAGAGAACAAUGAUGAAUGCAGAUUACAUGGGUCCUGUGAAAUAUUCGCUGAACGCAGCCUUGAAGGAAUUAAGAUAUUCAAAAGGCCAGCAACACUGGUUUUGCGGUGGCGAAAGAAGU